CGCGCGGGGGCUGCCGGGAGGCGCGGCCCGCGCGGGGGCUGCCGGGAGGCGCGGCGGCGGCGGCGGCGGCGGGGCCGGGCCCGGUGCGGCGGGGCAGGAGCGGAGCGCGGCGCGAUGCAGAAAUACGAGAAGCUGGAGAAGAUCGGGGAAGGCACCUACGGGACCGUGUUCAAGGCCAAAAACCGGGAGACGCACGAGAUCGUGGCGCUGAAGCGGGUCCGGCUGGACGAUGACGACGAGGGCGUGCCCAGCUCGGCGCUGCGGGAGAUCUGCCUGCUCAAGGAGCUGAAGCACAAGAACAUCGUCAGGCUCCACGACGUCCUGCACAGCGACAAGAAGCUGACCCUGGUCUUCGAGUUCUGCGACCAGGACCUGAAGAAGUACUUCGAUAGCUGCAACGGGGACUUGGAUCCAGAGAUCGUCAAGUCGUUCAUGUACCAGUUGCUGAAGGGCCUCGCGUUCUGCCACAGCCGCAACGUCUUGCACCGAGACCUCAAACCCCAGAACCUGCUCAUUAACAGGAACGGGGAACUCAAACUGGCUGACUUCGGCCUGGCGCGGGCCUUUGGCAUCCCCGUGCGCUGUUACUCGGCGGAGGUCGUCACGCUGUGGUAUCGGCCCCCAGAUGUGCUCUUCGGCGCCAAGCUCUACUCCACCUCCAUCGACAUGUGGUCAGCCGGCUGCAUCUUCGCAGAGCUGGCCAACGCCGGGCGGCCCCUGUUCCCAGGGAACGAUGUGGACGACCAGCUGAAAAGGAUUUUCCGGCUGCUGGGAACCCCCACGGAGGAGCAGUGGCCGGCCAUGGCCAAGCUGCCCGACUACAAGCCCUACCCCAUGUACCCCGCCACCACCUCCCUGGUCAACGUGGUGCCCAAGCUGAACGCCACCGGCCGGGACCUGCUGCAGAACCUGCUGAAGUGCAACCCGGUGCAGCGGAUAUCAGCGGAGGAGGCUCUCCAGCACCCCUACUUCACAGACUUCUGCCCUCCCUAGGGACCCUGCGGCGCUGGCCCAGCCCCGCGCUGAGCUGGGGGGAAGCACCCCAGCUCCUGGCACGCUCCAGCAGCGGUGGGGAGGGGACAGCCCCCCAGGGCAGCGGGGGGACACGAGGUGAGGAGUGAGGUGCCAGCACCCCAAAACCGCAGCUUCCCCCUCCCCAUAUUUAUUAGGUUUUUAACCCAACGCAGCUCCGGUUCUGCCCCAGCUGCGGGGUGCUGGCGUGGCCCCCCCUGCCCCUGACACCCCCAACCCCGCAGGGGGCCAGGGCUGCUCGUGGGGCUGGGCGAGAGUGCACGGAGCCCUCCCUGGGUACACGGGGCCACGGUGCUGGUGGAGGGGCAGGACCCUCCGGGACCAGGCGCGGGGACCCCAGUGGGGUGGGACCCCCCGCCCCUCCUCUCCCUGCUCCCCCCGUCCUCUUCCCUGGCAGGGGUGGGGGGUCCCAGGUACCAGCUUCCGGGAUGAGGUGGGGGGCACCCCAUUUCUUUUCUACGGUGUUGCUGUACGUGGGUGAACGUGCGUGUUUGUUACCUCCAUAAAGAGCUUCCUUCUCCCCA